GCCCGAGCCGCUCGUGUGCCCGUGCCGUUCCGUACUGCGUGCAUGUGCCGCCCGUGAGUGCAUCCACGUGCCGUUGUGGCGUGUUGUCAAUCCGUGCCCCUUAAACCGCCAAAAUUCGGGUGAAGAACCGUGAACCGGUGCCGGCGUAUGCCAUGGCCGACGCCGACCGCGAUUCAGAUCUUGGUGACGACAGCCCCGUGUCAGCCAGAUCCGAAGGCGAGUCAUCCGGAGAGCAGUCCUGCGAGAGCUCCGACGAGGGUGUAGGCCGUGACGUCAGCAUACAGCACCAGCCUAUGCCGCACCACAACCUGACCCACCACGCCGCCAUGAACCACCAACAGAUGAAUCAGCUCAACCACCCCCACCAGAGGAACUCGCCGAGACCUCUGGAGAGGGAGAUUAAGGUCCGCGACGACUUCGAGUCACUGAAGACGUCUCUCCACCCGCACCUCUCUUCGCUAGCGUCUCUGGCCCAGGGUGCUCCUCUAUCUACCCCGAACAGCGUGUUCGCGCUGGCGGGCGGAGGCCCGGGCUUCCCGUACGCGCCGCCAGCGUUCCUCGCGCCGGCGCCUCCGCCCCCAGCCCAGCCGGCGGGGUCUGCGUCGUCGUCUUCCUCUGAAGGGAGUGCCGCUGGAUGGAGCUUUGAGGAACAGUACAAGCAGGUCCGUCAGUUGUAUGAAAUCAGCGACGACCCCCAGAGGAAGGAGUUUCUCGACGAUUUGUUUUCGUUCAUGCAGAAGAGAGGAACCCCAAUAAACCGGCUGCCCAUAAUGGCCAAGUCAGUGCUGGACCUGUACGAGCUGUACAACCUGGUGAUAGCGCGCGGCGGCCUGGUGGAGGUGAUCAACAAGAAGCUCUGGCAGGAGAUCAUCAAGGGGCUGCGGCUGCCGUCGUCCAUCACCUCCGCGGCGUUCACUUUACGGACACAAUACAUGAAGUACCUAUAUGACUACGAAUGCGAGAAGAAGAACCUGUCAACCAGGAGCGAGUUGGACGCGGCCAUAGAGGGCAACAAGCGGGAGGGCCGCCGCGCCUCCGGGCAGUAUGACGCCCAGGCGGCAUUGUCUAUGCCGUCGCUAAACCGCGGGGUACCGGCCUCCCUCGCGCAGCUAUCCCACAUGCAGCCGCUGUCGCUGUCGCUGGGCGGCGUGCCGCGCCUGCCGCCGCUGCCGCACGCGCCGCACGUGCAGCACGACAUCGAGUACCGCGUGCGCGAGUACAUGAAGAUGAUACAGCAGCAGCGGGAGCUCAUACGCAAUGGUUCCGAGUCUCCCCCCGGCGCCCCGAUGGUGUCUCCCCGCGACGCGGCGCUGUCCGCCAUCGACGUGUCGCGUCUGACACUUUGGUCUCUCUACAAUAAUAACAACAACAGCCCGCAGCCAGACCUUGAACCUCAACGAGAGGCGCUGAACCUGAGCGAGAGCCCGAACUCGACUAACGGCGUGAAGCGCGAGGCGUGCCGCUCGCCCCCCCCCGCCGGCCAAGCGCCGCACCCCGCGCCCCCCCUCCCCGCGCUCGCCCCGCUCCGCGCACGGCCACUCCCCCCGCGCCCCGCACUCGCCCUCGCCCCGCUCGCCCGCUCCCCGCGCUCGCCCCGCUCCCCGCGCUCGCCCGCGCGCGAAGACAAGCACGCACACCUCAAUGGAGCUGCGAAUGGUGUGAGCGGCGCUGCUUUUAAGAUCUCUACGAGAGGUGACGCAAGCACGGGCGACCAGAAACUGGUGGUAUCCAUAGAGCUCAACGGUGUCACAUACGAAGGAGUACUAUUCCCAUCACAAAACGGAAACGGCCAGAGCAACCAUCGGCAAAUGGUCUCUUAAACAUACCAGACAAAGUUUUACGAAAUAGGACACGCUAUUUUACGCUUUACGUCCCAUAGCACUAGAUACAAUAUCGCUGUGGCAUAACCAUACCUCUUUACAUCCACUAUUUAGGAUAAUCCCAGUAAGAUCUUUGAAUUGUUAGGGAAUCACCUCCAUGUAAUCCCGCAGGCGACUGCUAUCUCACACGUUCUAGAAGAAUCCCGAAAAAUAACCGAGUAGAGGGAGAAAGACGGUAAAUUUUGAGAUAAUUCGUUUGCAGAUUACAUAGUUACUACAAAUUGCACUUACGAUCUCCGUGCACGGUUUCACAUAGAUAUUCAGUCUUAUAUUAUCUGUAAUAUGCGUUGAAAUAGUAUUAGUUAAGGUUAGGUUGUCUACGGUAACAUAACCUAACCUAUUAGGACUUUAAAUACUUACUAUAGUGUUAGCAUUACUAGGUUUGUGUUUGGGACUAAAAGCGUCAGUGAAACUCAAUAGUUUGAGUAGAAUUAUAUUUUACAAAACAAGGAUUUGUUUGCAUAUUUAUAGUGUGCUUAAUAUAGUUGUCACUGCCCAGAUGUCACCUGUAGAAAAUCAUUUGAUUCAUUGUGUUUGUUUCGAAACUUUUCGCGGUUGAAAAUGACAAUUGUAAAUAGCCAGUUGUGUUGUUUAUGUUAUGUCCGAUGAGUGUACGAUGUGCUCGGUUUUUAUAUGUUUUUAUGUAAAUUUUUGUAAAUAUUGUCGUGUAAAGUUGAGUAGUCGGAUUUUCUACACCGCAUUGUAUGUUUGUGAUUGUUAGGUAUGAUAGGUGUACAUUUCGAAUAUUAUUGAUAUCAGUAUUGUGUUAGUUAAUAAUUAUUUAUAAAUUAUGAUUGAAUUUUUCUGUUCGCUGUGGAACUAUCAAAUUCUUUAAAACAAUUUUUAUAUUUAUUCAGAUAUAGCAAUUGUUUUUGGGGAUUUGUUAUUUGGAUUUAUAACAGUAUGAGUAAUAGUAACAGAAAGUUUGUAUCAUUAAGAUAGUGAAAAUAAAGAAAAUCUAUAAAAAAGUUUUA